AAAUAUCAUGGUUAAUCUUAUUCUCAAAGCAGUGUUGAGCGAAAAAGUGAUGAAUACUGUUUCGAAGCUAGAGUUCACGUCUGUUGCUAUCGAUGCUGAUAAUUGCAAAUCACUUGGAAAGUUGUCAAAUCUCAAAAUUCUUCGAAUAUGCCCCAAAACCAUCACCAACGAAUUUCUUCAUAACCUGCCGAUGAAUCUCAAGCUACUGAAUAUUACUGACCUGAACAUAAUGAAUAGAAAUCUGAUGAUAAAACACGAAAUCAAUCCGUCGACUCUUGCUCGAUCGAAUAUAAGUCUGAAAGUUUUGGUGAUUGAUGCACAGUUCCUAUAUGAUUUUAACAGUAUUUUAUUAUCGAUACCAUCUCCCGAAGUACUCAAAAUACGGUAUUCACAACCAAUCAAUAUCAAUUUACAAGCACAGAGAGAUAAGAUACGAUUACAGGAACUAUUCAUUGAGUGCAGUGAUGAUCAAAUUAACGAAUAUAAAGCACGAAGUCAUGCGUUUGAUUUAGUCGAUUUUAUACAAGACCUUGCAGUUUACAUUGAUUUCACAUCACUUGAACGUCUUGCGCUUGUUUCAAUCAGUCAAUCGGUGAUCAUCGACGCUGCGACUCUUACGGUUAUCAAAUAAAAC